CGCGUACCGCACCGUGGACACAAAGAACCAUACAUACCACUCAGGUCUAGAAGACACCCACCACCUAUUUCGGUGUUCAGCGAUGGAAAGUGGCAUCUACACAACUCUACCGGGCCUACGUUUCGGGCAACUGCCAUUUACCACGAUAUCUCUUUUUCCGAGUUGAUACUGCCCCCUCAACCACCAAUCCAGCCUCCUCCCACCAUCCACCUACCAUUAUCAAGACAAGAUAAAACUCCUCCACGAGCAAGAUGCUAGACAUCAAAGAAGACGACUCUGCCGAUAAACGCGCAGAGGUGAAAAUACCUAUUCCGUCUCCAAACGAUGGAGCCCCAGCAGCCAGCACCUGCACCCCCAAGCCCUCCUCGAGCCCCCAACCCCAGCCCUCGCCCAGCAAACUCCACCUCCUCGAUCUCCAACAACAGCAGAACCUGGCUCGCGAAGCAGUAUCCCAAGCAGCGAUGGAGCGCGAGAACCUGCACAGCAAAGUCACAAUCCAAACGCACCACAUCCACCGCCCGAUCCAGCUAUCCUCUCAGUCCACAGCCACCCCGUCCAGCCCCUCAACCCACCUCCCGCUAACCGCGCGGGUCUACGCCCCCAAACCCCAAGGCUACACCCCGCUCCACCUCCCCGUCUACCUGUACUUCCACGGCGGCGGCUUCUUCACGGGCACGCUGGACAGCGAGGACGCAACCUGCGCGCGGCUCGUGGCCGCCCUCUACGCCAAAGGCCGUCCGAUCAUCCUGGUGAGCGCGGACUACCGCAAGACGACGCAGGUGAGCUUCCCGGACCCCUACGAGGAUGCGUGGGAGGUGUUCGCCUGGCUGGAGCGGCGCAUUGCCUGGUUGAACGGGGACCCCACGCGGGUAAUUGUGGGCGGGGAGGAUGCCGGGGCCGCGCUGGCGGCGUGGGUGGCCUGGUUCGCGCGCAGUAAUGUUGCUGGGCGGCUGGAGGUGGAGACGAGGUCCGAGAGGGUGAUCAAGGUGCAGGCGCUAGUGGUUUGUAAUCCCUGGAUGCCGUUUUUGGAUCGGUUGGAGCAGGAUGGCGCGGAUCUGGGGGAGGGUGGGGUUGUGGAGCUGGAUACUGGGGAUGAGAAGGGGAAGGAGAGAGAAACUGAGGGAACGGAGGUGGGAAAGGGGACUGCAGCUGGAUCCGAUUUCUAUCACGCGCUGCUGAACGCCUACCGUGUUGAGCCGGGUCAUCAUGGGAUCGGCAUGUGGACGGCGCUGGAGGCGAUACCGCACACGUAUCUGUUGACCUUUGCAGAGAGUCUGUUGCGGCGGAGGCAGCUGCUAUUCGCGACGCUGCUGAUGCGCGAGGGGGUUAAUGUGGCAAUGAGAGUCCUGCCUGGCUCGCCGCACGAAACCCAGGAUCUGGACAUCCUUCCAAGCUCCCACCCCUGGGGUCCUGAACUGGUCGAGGCACUGGAGUGGUGCUUGCGGUUCCCCCACGGCCAGAUGCGACCUCCCGGAUCUGUGAAUACUGCCGGUGUGGUAAUGGCCUCUCUUCUCCUCGCGAUUCUCUAUCUCUAUCUGACUGAUAUAGUGAACACGCAUCUCACCGAUAUACGGCUUUAG